AUGUACCGAGAGCCUGAUCAUCACUGUGCGAGGUGGACUGAUCAGAAGGCAAACGAAGAGACCGCGCCGCGUGAUGAUAUUCCUUUCCAUUUCACUAUCAACAUGCCCGCCUCUACGUCCCCACAUUCCAUCACGGCCAUCACCGAUGCUGCCCAACAGGACCAGCGCGAGCAGCCCUGGAAGAAGGUCAUGGCCAGCGCCGCCUUCAAUAAACCUUCUUCCGCCGACGAUAAGGAGGUCGUCAAGACCGGAGGCCCCUGCGACGUUCUGACCAACUUCUUUGCGGCCUAG